UUUCAUUCGCCAGCACACCAGGGUCUCACCAUCCCCACCACGUACCUCUUACCAUGGCGCCGCCACCAGUAAUCCUCCUACCGCCGAUCAUCUCCGACGAAGAGGAGGAGAUGGAGCAGUCUAGGAGUAGCGAUGACGAAGAUAUGGAGGAGUUUAGGCCUCCGCCAGACUACAACGAGAAGCACUACAGAACGGUUUACAAGCUGAUCCUCGACGAGAAGACGGAUGCUCUCGUGAGGCUGGCCGAGAACCCCGAGGGCCCGGUCAACCUCAUGGACGAUCCCCUGCUCAGCGUCGUCAUUACCUGCCAGAAAACCCAGAUAGCGCUUAAACUUAUCAAGAAGUUGUCCCACGACAAACUCGAGGCUGAAAACUACGACGGCGACACGGCGCUGCAUGUAGCCGCCGCCUUAGACAACCUGAAGGUGGCGAACGCGUUGCUGAACAAAUCCCCCAGUCUAGCGGAGAAGCGAAACAAUAAGGGGGAGACGCCGCUGCACAAGGCGGCUCUCUUUGGGCAGCGGGAGGUGUUUUGGCGUCUGGCGGACAAGAGUAUAAGCCCGCCGGAGGACCGGACGUACGAUGACCGUACCUACGAUGGAGCCACUGUGCUCCACUGCGCCAUCAUGGGCAAUGCGCCGAGGCUGGCGUUGGAGAUUGCGAUGAAGUGGCAGGAAUUGGCAAUAUACCGGAAUUACGCAGCGCUGACUCCAUUGCAACUGCUGGCGAGCAUUCCGGAGGCAUUCCGCAGCCAAUUGGUCCUCGGAUCACUCGAAAACUUCCUCUAUAACUGGAUUCCCCGAUUCAAGGAGCCUCCCAAGUGGAUUCGCAAGCGAGGCAAAAGCGAUAUCGAGAAUCAAGACUCUGACGGUGAAAAUUCACAAGAAAUUGAGAAAAAGAAAGAUGAAGAAAGAGGGAGAUGGAUUUCCAUGUUAUUCUACAAUAUUUUAAGAUCAAUUCACGAAUUGCUUUUCCAUCUUCUAUGGCGAGUUUCGAGCAGGAUUAGCGAACUGUACGAUCUAAAACAAUUUCACCUGGACACUGUGGAACUCAUUGAAUGCCUAGCGAAGUACCCCAAAUACUUCGACUUCUGCGCCAAUGGACAUGCCCGUAACUACAAGGGCCAUGGCAUUCUGGACCGUAAGAAAGGGCUAGAGUCCCAGCAGCGCAAGCUGCUGCUCGCGUUCGUCGACGAGCUCCUCCGCCUCCACGACGACACCCGCGGCAGCGAGGCGCCGGCGGUCCAGGGGCUUCUCGAGAGCGAGAUGUCUUCGAAGCGGAACUUUUCGGAGCCGCCGCUGAUCACUGGGGCCGACAUGGGCCUGCACGAGUUCGUGGAAAAGAUCCUGCACGUGUGCCCGGAGUCGGCGAUGUACGUGGACACCCGCGGCCGGAACGUCCUCCAGGCAGCAAUCGAGAGCGGCAACCGGGAGAUCGUGGAGAUCAUCCGCCAGAAGACGAAGGGCCCUAAUCCUGUCCUUCCCUCCUGGCUGCUCUCACACACUGAGUCAAGGACGAGGAGGACCAUCCUGCAUUUUGCUUCGGAGAGGAUUCCUCCCGAUACAGAAGACGUCGUGCAGUUGCAAGACGAGCUCCUUUUUUUUGAGAAAUUGCAAAGGAUGGUGCCGAAGGAGCUGAUGUACAGUCGGAACGAGGAGAGGAAGACGGCGCAAGAGGUGUUCAGUGAGAACCACAAACAGAUGGUCAAGAACUGCAAGAACCAGCUGAUGGAGAUGGGGAAGACCUGCGCGGGGCUGGUGGCCGCGGUGGUGUUCGCAUCGAGCUUCUCGAUCCCCGGCGAGAAGGACGACAAGACAGGGAAUCCGGUGUACAUGAACAGGCUGCCCUUCAAAAUCUUCUCCCACACCUACGUCAUCGGCCUCUCCUGCGCCACCACCUCGCUGGUCCUCUUCCUCUCCCUCGUCAUCUCGCCCUACAGGGAACAGCAGUUCCGGCGGGCCAUUCCGACCAAGUACUUCUUGGCCUGCUUGUCCUUCGCCAUGGCGCUCUUGGCGCUGCUCGUCUCCUUCACCUGCAACAUCUUCCUGCAGAUUUACGGCGGGAAGAGAACGGAGUCCGACUACCUGAUUCCGCUCAUACUGGAGCUCACCGUCUUCCCUGCCCUCUGCUUGAUUGUGCUGUACUACAGGGGAGCCACCUUUUGGCCGGCGUUCAGGAAUAUUUGGAAGUAGACAACCAAAGUCAUAUGCAUUCAUUAGUGCGUCUGGAGUGCUAAUACUUGAUCCCAUUCAUUGGUGUGUUGAGAUUUGGUGCAUUGUUUGUCUUGUUGGAUUGCUUUUGUGCAUUGUUUCAUGUUUGUCUUGUUCCUGAGAUUCAUA